AAAUCCUGUUGCGGCAUUAUGGUCAUUCCAUGAAAACUCACCGUCACGCUAAUGUGCAACUAUAAAUACCAUUCACCAAACACAAAGCGUUGAAAUGCUGUCUACGCAACAGUUUUUAAUCAGUAGCCGUCCUCGUUUGGGCAUUUUCCCAGAAAAUCACGCUUUCUGGAGGCGAAGCUUGAGAAAGUUAGGAAUGGCGCCUCCGAUUCUCUCACUGGCUUUGCCUUCUGAGACUGGUCGAGUUUUGAGCAUUCAGUCGCACACUGUUCAGGGAUAUGUUGGAAAUAAAUCAGCUGUAUUUCCUCUCCAACUAUUAGGCUACGAUGUGGAUCCUAUCAAUUCUGUACAAUUUUCAAACCACACAGGAUAUCCAACCUUCAAAGGCCAAGUUUUAAAUGGACAGCAACUAUGGGAAUUAAUAGAAGGCCUCGAGGCAAAUGAUUUAUUAUACUACACUCAUUUAUUAACAGGUUAUAUUGGUUCGGUAUCCUUUUUAAACACUGUAUUGAAAGUUGUUGAGAAGCUUCGUUCUGUAAAUCCAAAAGUUACUUAUGUUUGUGAUCCAGUGAUGGGUGAUGAAGGGAAGCUUUAUGUACCUCCUGAGCUGGUAUUAGUAUACCGUGAGAAGGUUGUUCCAGUGGCUUCAAUGUUGACUCCUAACCAGUUUGAAGCAGAACAGUUGACUGGGUUGAGAAUUGUUUCCGAAGCAGAUGGCAGGGAAGCCUGUAAGAUUCUUCAUGCUGCUGGACCUCCAAAGGUUGUGAUUACAAGCAUUAAUAUAGAUGGCAAUCUUCUUCUCAUUGGCAGCCAUCAGAAGGAAAAGGGCCAGUCUUCUGAGCAAUUCAAGAUUCUGAUACCCAAAAUUGCUGCUUAUUUCACAGGGACAGGAGAUCUAGUGACUGCACUCCUACUUGGAUGGAGUAAUAAAUAUCCUGAUAACCUCGACAAGGCAGCAGAGCUUGCAGUAUCAACUUUGCAGGUAUUACUUUUGCUUAUGCUGCAAUAGUAUCUUUUAGACUUGGACUAUAUGGAUCUUUGACAUCGUUAUCUGAAAUAUCAGACUCAUUUAUGGAAUUAUAUGAGAAGAGUAUAUACAAUGGUAGCUAGAAAUAUACUUGAUAUUCUAUUUGCAGCCUCAGGGGUUUGAGUUAAGUGGCUAUCAUGAAAAGCAUGCUGCAGAGCGCUAAGCUACUAUUAACCCAAAGUUUAGAGGUUUGGUGGUGAAAGCUUACUUCUGAACCAAGAGGUCAAGGUUUGAAAUCCCCUUGGGGUGUAUUGGGAAUAUUAUAUUCCAUAAGCUUCUUUGUUACUUAGCCGUAGGAUCUGAAGUGGUUCCCAGUUUAGAAUCCAAUGAGCAUGUAGGGAAAGUCGAAGGGAUUUUGGGUAUCAAAGAAAGAAAAAAUUUGCAUGUUAAGUUUAAUGAAUCUUGAAGUGUAGCUGUGUUUUGGAAUAUGCAAGCUACACUAUCCCUUUCAAGGAAGUCUACACCCUGGACUGGCCAUUGGGAAAAAAUUGGAAGGUGAGAAUGAUUGAAACGAUGGUACUGGUAGAAGACAACUUCAAGCAGAGAAGGUUUGAGGAGACAAGAAUGAGUACUGCUCAUCUUUUAAAGUAGUGAAAAUAUAGAGGUCAACCCAUUGUCUAUAUUUGAAAGAGUACUGCUCAUCUUUUAAAUUGGUGAAAAUCACUGGAAGAAUAAUUUUCAAACCCCACAGUGCUUCAGGGCUGAGAUAACGUCAUGUCUGCCAACUUAAGGAUAUGAAGGUUGUUGAGGAAAGUUGUAAA